AUGUCUGUCGCUAAGAUUGCUGGUGUUGUCCUCGGUUCGGCCGCCCUUGUUGCUGGCCACGGUUAUGUGUCUGGUGCUGUCGUUGACGGCCAGUACUACGGAGGAUACAUCGUCUCCUCCUACGCCUAUGAGAGUGACCCUCCGGAGACCAUUGCCUGGUCUACCGAAGCCACUGACCUUGGCUUUGUCGACGGUUCUGAAUACGCCGAGCCUGACAUCAUCUGCCACAAGAGCGCUAAGCCUGGUGCUAUCUCCGCUGACGUCAAGGCUGGUGGUACUGUCGAGCUUCAGUGGACUGACUGGCCCUCCAGCCACCACGGUCCCGUCCUGACUUACCUUGCCAACUGCAACGGUGACUGCUCCGAUGUCACCAAGACUGACCUUGAGUUCUUCAAGAUCGACGAGAGCGGCCUUAUCAGCGACACUGAAGUCCCUGGAACCUGGGCCACCGACAACUUGAUCUCCAACAACAACAGCUGGACUGUGACCAUCCCCUCGACCCUCGAGUCUGGUAACUACGUCCUGCGUCACGAGAUCAUUGCCCUGCACUCCGCUGGAAACAAGGAUGGCGCCCAGAACUACCCUCAGUGCCUCAACCUGAAGGUUACCGGUAGCGGUAGCUCCACCUACUCAGGCACCAAGGGUGAAGCCCUCUACAAGGACACCGACCCGGGUAUCCUGGUCAACAUCUACCAGAGCCUGAGCUCCUACGACAUCCCCGGCCCUGCUAUGUACAACGCCACUUCUUCCGGCAGCUCCUCCGGCAGCUCCUCCAGUGCCUCUUCUACGAGCUCCGCUGCCGCUGCCGCUGCUACUACUUCCAGCGCUUCCAGCUCCACCACCAGCGCUGCUGCUGCGACUAGCUCCGCCGUCACUGUCACUGGCAGCGCCCCCCAGCAAACCCACAUCCAGGUUGCCAGCUCCAGCGCCGCCGCUGUUGCUACCCCCAGCAGCUCCAGCGUCGCCGUCUCCAGCGACAACCUCACCAGCUACUUCAGCUCUCUGAGCGCCGACCAGUUCCUCAGUGUCCUGAAGGAGACCUUCUCCUGGCUGGUCACCGAGAAGAAGCACGCCCGUGACCUCAACGCCUAA